AUGGCGAAAAUCUGUCUAAUCAUGGGCGGGACUGGCGGCUUAGGCAAGGCUGCCGCUGAGCUGGUGGCGACCAAAGGGUAUACUGUCGUCGUGUCUGGUCGCAACAAAACCAAGGGAGAGGAGGUCGUCGAUUUCAUUAAGUCUAAAGGCGGCGAGGCGGUCUUUCUUGCGUGCGAUAUUACCUCAGAAUCGGACAUCCGCCAGUUGCACAAGUCGAUUGUCGACAAAUAUGGCCGAAUCGAUGCAGCCGUCAACAGCGCUGGCGUUGUCGUCGGAUCCUCUGCGCUCGUCAACAUGAAGCUGGAAGACUUCAACUCCACCAUUCAGAUCAAUCUGACGGCCGUAUUCAUCAGCAUGCAAGAGCAGAUGAGAGCGAUGCUGAAGCAGGACCCUCCUGGAGGCCACAUCAUCAACCUCACGUCCAUAUUCGGUCUUCAUGCGUGUCCCUGGGGGGCCAACUAUUCCGCAAGCAAACAUGCCAUUGUCGGCCUCACUCGCUCGGCUGCAUUGGAGGUCGCUAAUCAAAACAUCUACAUCAAUGCUAUUGCACCAGGUCUCAUACCCACGGGAAUGGUCAAUGAUAUCGGCGAGACGGCGAAAAUCGAUGCAGCUUUUGGAAAAAUCAUAGAAGCAGUCCCGGGCCAGUAUCCUGUGGAACGAUUCGGAACGCCGGAUCAGACUGCAAAGGCCGUUGCAUAUCUCUUGGACUGUGACUGGGUGACAGGGACAGUGUUGGAAGUCGACGGAGGUUGGGGUGCAGGGAAGAGCAUUCCGGUGGGAGUGAAGUGCACGGGUUGA